AUGGAACGAUAUAUACUAAGACACCCUCGGGGCUGUGCGAGAGCGAGGGAGGAUGAACAGCCCAUAGGACAGGACCAGGAAACGACUAUGGAACCGACAAGGACAACGAACCAGAACAACGGAUGUAAAUGUUUUUGUGGUAAAGUCUGUAAGAAUUCUAGAGGUUUGAAGAUCCAUCAAAGUAGAAUGAAAUGUGUGCAACCCUAUUCUGGCAAUCAACGCACAGAGAGAUCUGGUCAGACGGAGGAGGAGACCAUCCAGGAAGCAAACCACAGUGAUGAUAGCCUCCCUGUGACCCAGGGUGAGGAUGAGCACGAGGAACAGCCUACAGAGGUAGAACAACUUGACGAGGCAGAAGAGGUAGAGAGGAUAGAACCAACAGUCCAUAGAGAAAACGGGAUAGAAACAACAGUUCGUAGAGAAGACAGGAUAGAACCAACAACCUGUAGAGAAGAGAAUGAGCCACGCAAAGAGAAGAUCAAAUGGUCAACGAAUGCAGACAAAGCAGCUUGGAAAGCGCUUGAUGAAGAUUUGGAAAACAUCUUAGAGGUAACAUUAGCAGGCAGUGUAGACAGAAAGAUAACAGCAAUGACGUCCAUUAUUUACAGCGUAGGAAAGGACAGAUUUGGAGUGGUACCACAGGGGAAACAACCAACAAAACAAGGCCAUAGUAACCGAAGACAGAAGAAGAUCAAGGAAUUGAGAGGAGACUUGAGAAGGUUAAAGAAGAGGUACAAAGUCGCCAACGAGAAUGAAAGGUUACCAUUACAGCAGUUAAGAAAGGAAACUAGGGAGAAACUUAAAACACUUACAAGAGAUAGAAAGAAAAAGGCAAAGGAGAGAACAACAUUUACAUCAAACCCAUUUCAGUAUAUGAAGCGAUUAUUUGGAGCGAGAGGAUCUGGUAAACUGGAAAACUCGAGGGAAGAAGUGGAAGAACAUCUCAGUAAGACCCACAGUGAUGAGAGACGAGGAGAAGACCUGGAAGAAUGCGAGAAAUUGUUAAGACCAGAGGAGCCAAAAGAACAGUUUGAUGAGUCAGACCUCAAGUUCCAAGAAGUACAGGACGUAGUGAGAAAGGCAAGAGCAGGGUCAGCACCAGGACCAAAUGGUAUUUCAUAUAGGGUAUAUAAGAAUUGUCCCAGACUGAUCAGAAGGUUGUGGAAGCUAUUAAAAGUAAUUUGGAGAAGGAGAAAGAUGACAGAGUCAUGGUACAAGGCAGAAGGAUGUUUUAUACCAAAAGAAGAGAACUCCAGGAAAGUUGAACAGUUUAGAACCAUCUCCCUAUUGAACAUUGAGGGGAAGAUAUUCCUGGCAGUUUUAGCAAGGAGAACGACGAGGUACCUGCUUGGCAACGAAUAUAUAGACAUCGCAGUCCAGAAAGGAGGCAUGCCUGAAGUUUCUGGUUGCAUCGAACACACCAGCGUUAUUACACAGAUUUUAAGAGAAGCAAAGGAGAAGAAAAGUGACUUAGCAGUGUUUUGGCUAGAUCUGGCUAAUGCUUAUGGGUCCAUACCUCACAAACUAGUAGACCUGACAUUGGAGAGGUAUCAUGUUCCAUCAACUAUCAGAACUAUGCUGCGAGAGUAUUUUGACAAGAUUGAAAUGAGGUUCACAGCUGGAGACUUCACCACAGCUUGGCAGAGACUUGAAGUUGGAAUACUAACGGGGUGUACAGUAUCAGUAGUCCUGUUUGCAGCAGCAAUGAACUUAAUUGUAAAAUCAGUAGAAAAACCAAGUAGAGGACCAUUAUUGUCAUCAGGGGUCAGGCAACCACCAGUAAGAGCUUUUAUGGAUGAUAUGACAGUGACAGCAAAAACAGUCAUAGAGGGAAGAUGGACUUUAGAGGAAUUGGAAAGGAUGAUUAAGUGGGUCAGAAUGAAGUUCAAACCAAGUAAAUCUAGAAGUUUGAUAGUGAGGAAAGGCAAAGUGCAAGAUGAGACAUUUUUGUUAGCAGGUGAAAAGAUACCAACAGUUGGAGAGAAACCAGUGAAAUGCCUAGGUAAAAAGUUUGAUGCAACACUAGCAGAUAUUGUAAACAUGGGGGAAGUUCAAGAGCAAUUGGUAGAAUGGCUGACGAAGAUAGACAAAAGUGGGCUCCCAGGAAGAUAUAAGGCCUGGAUAUAUCAACAUGGGGUCUUACCAAGGAUAUUGUGGCCAUUACUAGUUUACGAGUUCCCAUUGUCCAAAGUGGAGGCCUUAGAGAGAAAGAUCAGUGCAUGCCUAAGAAGAUGGUUGGGUGUGCCAAGAAGUUUCAGCAGCAUUGGAUUGUACAGCACAGGAACAAAGCUACAAUUACCAAUGAAGGCAUUGACAGAAGAGUAUAAAGUUACAAAGACAAGACAGGUUAUGACGUUGAGAGACAGCAAAGAUGCUAAAGUGAGAGGAGCCAAAGUAAAGAUCAGGACAGGAAGGAAAUGGAAAGCAGAGGAAGCAGUUAAGGAAGCUGAGACUAGACUAAAGCACAGUGUCAUCGUUGGUGUAACCGCAGUUGGUAGACAGGGAUUUGGUAUGACAACAAAACCAAGGUGGGAUACAGCAAAUGAGAAGGGACGGAGGGAACUGGUGCAACAGGAAAUACGACAGAUGGAAGAAGAGAGUAGGAAUGUUAAGGCAGUAGGAAUGAAACAGCAGGGUAGUUGGUUGAAUUGGCAAGGAGCUAGAAGCAGGGCUUUGACCUGGAGCGAGAUUUGGAGUAUGGAGGGAUACAGAUUGAGUUUUCUCCUAAGAUCAGUGUAUGAUGUUUUACCAAGCCCAACAAACCUCUAUACCUGGGGGUUGAUAGAAGACCCAACAUGCACCUUAUGCAAAGACAAACCAGCAUCUCUACAGCAUGUGUUGUCAGCAUGUCCAGUUGCAUUGAAAGAUGGAAGAUAUACAUGGAGGCAUGAUAGUGUAUUGAAUACAAUAGCAGCAAAGUUGGAUACCACCAGGAGAAAGAAGAGAAAGAUGCAGAAGAACAUCAUAUUUGUAAAUUUUGUGAGGGCUGGAGAAAAGAAAGACAACCAGGCAGAAGGUUUAGGGAUACUUGGAACAGCAUCAGACUGGCAGAUGACAGCAGACAUACAUCAACGCAUGAGUUUCCCAGCAGAAGUAGCAGCAACAUCGCUAAGACCAGAUAUAGUCAUUUGGUCACAGGGAACUAGGCAGGCGGUCUUGCUGGAACUGACAGUCCCAUGGGAAGACAGAAUAGAGGAAGCUUAUGAAAGAAAGAUGGCAAAAUACCAGCAGCUAGUAGAGGAUUGCAAACAGCGGGGAUGGAGGACGUGGUGUUUGGCAAUAGAAGUCGGAUGCAGGGGCUUUGCAGGACAGUCAAUGUGGCGGGCACUUAGGACCUUGGGAGUGGUAGGAGAAGAGAGGAAGAAACUGAUUACAGAAGUGUGUAGAGAAGCAGAAGUGGCAUCACAGUGGAUUUGGAGGAAAAGAGACGAAGUGUGGAAAAGUACAAAGUGUUAG